UGUCAAAAUAACGUCGUGGGUGAUGGAAUGGGAAUUGUGAUGUUUACCAUUUCCCGCCAUAUCUUCAUGUUUUCGUCAUAGGAAAUUGUCAAAAAUUCAACAUUUCGCGGUGAACCAAUAAACUUCGUUUUAUCUUUUCUAAUUUUAUGAAAUUAUAACAAUUUUAUUUCCCAUUUUAAUCAAAUAAACUUUGAUUCAUUUUAAUAUUUUAAAGAGUUUUAUUUAGAAUAAAAACAAAAAUAAAAUAAAUGUUGUAAGAAGGAACAUGGAAACUCCAAAGAAUCUACGCCAACGUCCAACAAGAAAUCCAACACCACGUCUAUCGGAACGUAAGAAGAGUCUCUUUGCCACCGCUCAUCCAAAUAAGAAUGAAGAUGAUUCGGAUUUGGAGCAAGAAAAUAAUGUUUUAGACGGACUCGAAGUCCUUAGUGACGAAAAGAACUCCAAAGAUGAGAGCAGCCAUUCCAGCAGGCGCUCCGUGGAGGGUCUAAUCAAGAAAACCCCCAACAAGGCUAUAAGCUUCCUCAAGAACAACAAUGGCUCGUCUCCAGAAAGAAUGUGUGAUGAGUUAUUCGAAAAACUUCCUGACAGCCCUCGAUCAGCGAAGGAGAAGGUCGUCACACCAACUCGUAGAAGCUGUCGCUUAAGUUUGAAGCCACAGAACCGAUCACCAACAACAACGUCGUCCUCGGUGGCACACCCAACUCCCGGAAAGGAAAACAUCCCACGAACACCCAAGAAGACCUACAGUGAUGAGUUGCAGGACAUGUUCGAGAAUUCAAUGAAUCUGAACAAAAAGAAGAAAUCCUCAAAGGAUGAGGAGGGGAAGGGAAAAAAAGAAAACGAUCACGACGACGCAGACGACGACAAUGACGAAGAAGAAGAAAUCAUUGACGAAUCUUCAUCGGAAAACGAAGAUCAAUGUCGUGAUCGAUUUAAAUCAGUGACAAACAAACGCUCCACAAGUUCCCCUCCCAACUCAGAUGCCAAAAUCCGACGUCUCAACAACUCCGAGCGUAGAUCCAUAUCUACGAAAAGCUUCUAUUCGAGUGCGAAGACAUCACCCACAUCGAUUCGCAGUCCUCCCACACUUGCCAGAUUGAAGCCAGUAGCUAGACAAAAGGGUCACCACUCGAACCACAGGCAGCCAACUAAUAACAUCAAUAGAGGUGUCCAUCAUAGCAUAAAGAAGAAACCAAAGCCCAAAGCCAUGCUACCCAGUGUCCCCAAGAAGGACAUCCUGAGCAUCAUUCGAAAUGAGAAACUUCGAAAUCUGCUCACCACCAAACGCCAGGAAAAGGAUCAAAUCGAGAGUGUUCAUAAAAUACUCAAAACCGCUAAGAAUCCCAUUGAAAUGGCCAAGCCAUUGAGUGUGAUCUCGAGUUCCAACAAUGAUCCUUUCAAAAAAAAUAACAACAACAACAACAGCACUACCAAUGAUGGCAACAAUAACACAUCAGUUCCCAACAAGCGCUGCUACAUGAACGACAUCUCCAUGGGAUUCUCUGACAUUGAGUGUAGCAGUGAAUCGGAGCAGGAAGAUGCAGAAGCAGUAGAAGAAGUGUUGCAGCAAGGAGUCAAUGAACUUCUAGCCGAGCCAGAAGAACGUUCAAUCACCCCGGUACCGGGCAGGAAGUUCUUCAAAUCAGGUAAUUCGGGGACAAAGAAGGAAGUCAAGAUCACAGACAACAUUAGGGCGUCUGUUUGUAAUGGAAAGUUGUCCAUCAUGCCCGAUACUAAGCAGUUGAAGAAGAAGAAGAAGCUCAAACUAAGGGACACACGUGUCAAUGAAUUCUCCUCGGAGCAAGCCAGAGUGGACGAAAUAAUAAAGAACUUCGAAAUAACCAUAAUAAAUCCUCAAGAUUUGGAAGAUGAAGAUGAAACACAAAUUUCAGAGCAGCCAUCAACACAACCACCGGCGCUGACCACAGGAGCACCAGUUGUACCUGAAUCUAAUCAAAUCCUCAUCGAACAGUACAGUCCAGCUGCGUCUUGUUCCAAUGACGGCUUCGAUGAGUUCGAUGAAAUGCGUAUGACCGAAACUGAAGCUGAAAUUGAAGUUGAAACCCAAGUUGAAUGCUCGGAUUUUCGUCGACGUCUUCCCUACAACACAAACAACCCAGAACUCAUUGAACGUCAACACAUCCUCUUGGAUUUUAUGGAAACAAACAAAAUCUGCACCGAGGAGAAUUUUAAAAUUUUCAUUGCUGAUCCCGAGAAUCACAAAGAGGAAGCCCAGAAGAUUCUCGAUCACAUUGUGGUGAUUGUCAACGGAACACAGCCAAACCCGGAUAGUUUUAGGGAGCGGCUGCCUUAUAACACCUCGGAUCCAGCUGAAAUUGAGCAGCAGAAAAGUUUUUUAGAAUUUCUGAUCGAAAACGACAUGUGCAAUGAGGAGAACUUCGAGAUAUUCAUCUCGGACUAUGCCAAUAGGCAGGAAGAGGCCGAUCGGAUCAUAACCGAGGUUGUGGCCUCGACGCACAACAUAUCCGCCGAGGAUCUGGAGCGAGAGCUGAACAGAUUCAAUAAGCAAGGCCCCGAGGAGAGUAUGGACGUUGAGAUUCCCGACCAGAAUAGAGAGAUCCAGAAGGUCCUCGAAGCGUCACCGGAGAAGCUCUUCCCGGUCUUCUAUCCGGGUCGCUGUCAGCCGAUCAUGAGACAGACUUCGACGAGGAAGAUAGCCAAGACAUGGAUCGGCGGUCAGGGGGCGGAUCAAUAUCAAAUUGACGCCGGACAAAAGAAAUUCGGAGCCAGAUACUGCAAGCAGUGUGGAUUGUUGUACACCGUAAACGAGCCCGAGGAGGAGAAGCUGCACAAGGAGUACCAUGCGUCGUUGUAUGUGCUAAAGUUUAAGUCCUGGAUCGAUGAGGAUAUUGUCCAGAUCUACACAGAGUGGGGCUUUGAUGGGCGGAUCUUGAGGUUGAACGAGAACUCACACGUCAAACGACUGGAGCGUUUGAGGGAUGUUCUGAAGCUUGUGGACAAGGAGCUGGGAUUCUAUUCGUAUAUUAUGCCAACAGUUUUUGUCGCCUAUUUUGCAGUUCGCCAUAAUCAAAUUGCUGGCGUUUGUUUGGUGGAACCAUUGACAAAGGCGAAUCGAUAUGUUUGCGUCAAUGGAGUCGAUUGUUGUACCGAAGAAUUUUUUGAUGCAAAGUGUGGAAUAUCAAGAAUAUGGGUAUCGCCGUUACAUCGACGAUUCCGCAUUGCAACCAAAUUAAUUCGUGCCGUGCAACAGCACACAAUAUUUGGGGAAGAGAUUCCCUUGGAGAAGAUAGCUUUUAGUGCGCCGACAGAUGAUGGCAAGAGAUUCGCUAGAAGUGUCACAAAAAUUGACAAUUUCUUAGUGUAUCAGUAGAGUGUGGGUUAAAAACAAAAACAAAAAAAAACAAACAAGCAAACAAACAUUAACCUAGGGUCCUUAUCAUAGUUGUUGAUUCAAAAGCGAGAUGGUCUUUAAAUUGAACCAACUAUACUUACUGUAAAUGUUCAUUAUACUCGUACAUAAAUAUUUUUUUUCUUUUUAUUGUUUUAAUUCUUAUUCUUAUAAGUUUUAUUAAAUUUAAAUUAUUUCAAUUUUAAUCAGAACCGUUAUUGAAAUGUUAUCAAUAAAAAUAAUAUAUAUCAUUGAA